AUGAAACAACUUAUAGUAGCAUUGUGUUUGUUAGAACUUACUCUUGCAUUGUACCCAACUGGUUGUAAGAAAAAAGGAUAUCAUUGUGUAUUUGAUGGUAUCAAACAUGAUAAGUAUUUUGAGUGCAAUGAAUUUUAUGAAGGAAUAAGAACCUGUCCUAGAAAUACUAAAUGUAUUAGUAAUGCUCAUCACACAAACGUAAUCCCAUGUGAAGUUGUAAAAGAAGAAGUAAUGGAUGUUCUCCCAGUUGAUGUUCUUAAAUCUGAAUUCGAAUGUAAAGCUGAUGGAUUCUACUGUGUUAUUGAUGGAAUCCAUGAUCGUGAUUAUUAUGAAUGUUCUCCAGAUUUUAAUGGAUUUAGGCAUUGUGCUCUUGGAACUCAUUGUAAUGGCCCAGAUAAUAAUCCAUAUACUUUCAAUCCAUGUGUUGUUGAUGAAGUUCCUAUUAGUUCAAGUACAAAAUCAUCAUCUGAACCAGUGAGUUCAAGUACUCAAUCAUCAUCUGAAUCAGAAAGUUCAAGUACUCAAUCAUCAUCUGAAUCAGAAAGUUCAUACCAAUCAUCGUCUGAACCAGUGAGUUCAAGUACUCAAUCAUCAUCUGAACCAGUGAGUUCAAGUACUCAAUCAUCAUCUGAACCAGUGGGUUCAAGUGUAUGCCCAUCAUCAGACCAUUCAUGUACAGAUAAAAGUUCAACCGGAAUAUCAUCAGAUCAGUCAUACUCAGACCAUUCAUGCCCAGAUCAUUCAUGUUCAGAUAAGAGUUCAAGUGAAAAGAAAUCAUCUGAAGAACCAACCACUCCAUCUACUGGAGUAUCAUCUGAAGAACAUUCAUGCCCAGAUCAUUCAUGCCCAGAUCAUUCAUGUCCAGAUCAUUCAUGUCCAGACCAUUCAUGUCCAGACCAUUCAUGUCCAGACCAUUCAUGUCCAGACCAUUCAUGUCCAGACCAUUCAUGUCCAGACCAUUCAUGUUCAGAUCAUAGUUCAAGUGAAAAGAAAUCAUCUGAAGAACCAACCACCCCAUCAAUUGGUAUAUCAUCUGAAGAUUAUUCAUGUCCAGACCAUUCAUGUUCAGAUAAGAGUUCAAGUGAAAAGAAAUCAUCUGAAGAACCAACCACUCCAUCUACAGGAAAAUCAUCUGAAGAUCAUUCAAAUCCAGAUAAAAGCUCAACUGGAAAAUCAUCUGAAGAACCAAUCACUCCAUCAGUUGGUAUAUCAUCUGAAGAUCAUUCAUACUCAGAUCAUUCUUAUUCAGACCACUCAUAUUCAGAUAAGAGUUCAAGUGAAAAGAAAUCAUCUGAAGAUCAUUCAUACUCAGACCAUUCAUACUCAGACCAUUCAUACUCAGAUAAAAGUUCAACUGGAAAAUCAUCUGAAGAACCAAUCACUCCAUCAGUUGGUAUAUCAUCUGAAGAUCAUUCAAAUCCAGAUAAUAGUUCAAGUGAAAAGAAAUCAUCUGAAGAACCAACUACCUCAUCUUCUGGAAAAUCAUCUGAAGAACACUCAAAUUCAGAUAAAAGUUCAACUGGAAAAUCAUCUGAAGAACCAACUACCCCAUCAACUGGCAUAUCAUCUGAAGAUCAUUCAAAUCCAGAUAAUAGUUCAAGUGAAAAGAAAUCAUCUGAAGAACCAACUACCUCAUCUUCUGGAAAAUCAUCUGAAGAACACUCAAAUUCAGAUAAAAGUUCAACUGGAAAAUCAUCUGAAGAACCAAUCACUCCAUCAGUUGGUAUAUCAUCUGAAGAUCAUUCAAAUCCAGAUAAUAGUUCAAGUGAAAAGAAAUCAUCUGAAGAACCAACUACCUCAUCUUCUGGAAAAUCAUCUGAAGAACCAACUACCUCAUCUACAGGAAAAUCAUCUGAAGAACCAACUACCUCAUCUACAGGAAAAUCAUCUGAAGAUCAUUCAUGCCCAGAACAUUCAUGUUCAGAUAAGAGUUCAAGUGAAAAGAAAUCAUCUGAAGAAAUACCAUGCUCAGAUGAUACAUGUAUCAGUUCUGAAGAAAAGUCAAGUUCUGGAGAGUUCCAAUGUACUCAAGAUGGUCUUUUCUGUGUUAUUGAUGGAGUUCAUAAUAAACAAUAUUAUGAAUGUGCAACAACAUUCAAAGGAUUCAGACCAUGUGCCCCAGGAACUUGGUGUCAAGGAGAACAAGAAGGUCCUUACCAAUAUAACCCAUGUGUCUGGCUUGACCAAACAACUUGGUUUAAUAAACAAAAUAAUAAUGAUGAAAACAAGUAA